UGUCAUCCAUCGCUGCGCCGCUCCUGAGUGUGGCGUGUUAUUAUUCCUAUCUGUGUUGCAGCGUCCACUCCAGCUGCUAACAGUGUUGCCAGCAUUGUGCUGACAUAUAUCUAUAGAUGUGCUAACAUAUAUCUAUAGAUGGGCUCCAUGAAUCGUGCGUCGGUAAUCCGCUGUGAUGUCACCGUGCAGAAGGAGGAGGGGCUCCGCUUUCUGCUUUAGCCGAACAAGUCGUCGUCUGGACGGACAAACACGACCGCAGCGGGCCGACCGAGCACCGGGAGGAGCAUGUGUGUACGGCCGAAGCGGCACCUCUCCUGUACUGACAAACAGGCUGAGUUCUAAAGAUUGGAGUCACAUCAACACAAUAAAAUGAGCCAUAAGUAUCCGGAAGGGUGGACUGGGGAAGUAGGCAAGGAACGCCCAGCAGCCUCGGUUCCUCAGCGGUCCAGGCAGGACAAUGGAUCAGUGCCGGGAGACCCUCCUAUACGCCGAACCUGGAGACCGUGUCAGAUGCUUAGUCAAGAUGGAGAGUUGAGUUCCCACCAUCAUCAUCAUCAUCAUCAUCAACAAUUGUCUCAUCAACACCACCCACACGCAGCUCGUAAUCCACCACAUCAACGCAAUCGUCAGUCAUCAGUAAAUGGACUAAGCCAAAACCAGGGUCAGUAUUCUGGUACUGUACCAGAGGUGGUCCCUUUUAAUGAAAGUCAAGAAAGUGAUCAACGUCCUGUCCAACAGCCUCGCGCUGCUGUUAACCGUUACCGCCGCCGUGGUGACCCAAAUCCAAGGCUCAGAGCUCACAAACCGAAGCCUGCAAACAAAGAGAUACUGCAAACAUUAUCAGUUGCAGAACCAAGGGAAGGUCCUGCAGACAUUACAGAGGAAGACAUGACAGAUAUAUCUCCAAAGGACCAAAUACAGGGCAGAGGAUCUCCCUAUCAGACUCCUGUUGCUGUGGUCACCCCUACCCACCUCUCAUCAGAGGCAGUACAUCUUGACCUGCAACAGAAUUUCCAGGAUAUUGAUGUGGUCUGUGAAGAUGACGUGAAGGAAGUUAAGGAGGAUGAAAAGCCAGAGCCGUCAUUAAAUGGAGGAGAUCAUCAACCAACCACAGAUUACUCGGAUUUCAGCCAUGACAACGUGCAGUCAGUGAAGGAUGAAGAAAAUACAGACAAGGAUGUAGAAAAUCAAGAAGAAAUCAUUGAUGAGGUUCUUGAUGUUGAAGCUCAGGGAUUUGAAAUCACUGAUCUAUGCUCCGACACAGAAAGUGCUGCUUCUCUCAAUAACGAUGGACCUCUCCACAGCCCACCCCCACUACAGUCCCCAACUCCGCCAUCAUCUCCUGAUGCUCCAUUUUUCCCAAUGCUGGACCACUUUAGUGAGGAUGCUAAUAUGAGCCCUCUGCCAGACAAUGAUCUGCUGCCUGAAGAUGAAGACGAGUGCUCCGAAUCGCCCUCUGAAUAUUACCCCAAAACCUAUGCAGACUUUUACACAGAAUCCCACCAAAAGUCUUAUCUGCAGCCUGUUAAGGAGUCAGAGACAAAUUGCCAUCUCAAGUCUUUUCCAGAACCCCUUAAUGCAUCUUAUUCUGAGGUACUCAGAGAACCUCACAUUCAGUCUUGUCAAGUGACUAAGCCAUAUGAGGCCCAGAAGGAGCCCCCCAAUGAGCUAUUUACCACCCAUAAACAGGAGAAUGUACAAAAAGUCUCGCCUACCAAAGGCACCCAUUAUGCACCAAGGCGCUCCAGGGACCGAGGUUCCCAUCCCCCCCAUGUGGACAGCUCUGUUGGCUGCCGGCUGCACCACUAUGAUGCCCAGUCUGAUGGAGAGGGGGGCAGUGCUAAUCAUAGCCCUAUUCAGAAAAGUUUUUGGAAUGCACCUAGACAAGCAGAUACACGGACCAAGCACUCAUCCCCUGGACAGAGCAGGUCAGGUUGGACCAGGGAUGAGGUAGGUCCGAAUGCAGAGGUAUCCGGAGACACCAUCAGCCUUGUGAUAAGAGACAUCAGGGAGGCAAUUGAGGAGGUUAAGACCAAGACUGUGCGGUCCCCUUACACUCCUGACCAGCCAGUGGAGCCCAUUUGGGUGAUGAGGCAGGAAAUCAGCCCCACAGAGGAAGUCAAGUCACUACAGAUGAUGGCAGGCAACUCGUCUCCUCAGUCCUUCUCCCAGUCAGCAUUAAGGUCUCCAUCACACCAUGCCUCACUGUGUGAUCCGGACUCUUGCAGUCCACUGAGCGACGAGUCCGUCAAAGUCCCCCUUUCCCAACAACAUCCUGAACAUCAGCCCCAAAGCAACAACCAUCACCACCAAGGCCGCCCAUCACAACUGAGGGAUGUCACAAAGCAACCUCACCCAUACAUGCAGCCAAAACUAGCACACCAACAGCAGUAUCACCAACAGAAUCAACAUCCACCACAUCAGUCACAUCAGGUUCAGCCUUCUUCACAGCAGCCAUCAGUCCAGGAAAUACGCAGAUCUCUUCCUCCAUUUCCCACAUUUGUGGAUAUCCCCGGACCAUGUGACCCUGAAGACCUUAUUGAUGGCAUCAUCUUUGCCGCAACCUACCUGGGCUGUACCAACCUUCUUUCGGAGAGGACGCCUACAAAGAGUGCCCGCAUGGAGCAGGCACAGGAAGCCAUGAACCAAGUGAGGGCGGCGCAAAAGCAAGCAAAAAACAGGAAAAAGAGUCCUGACAGUGAAACUCCAUCCACUGCUGAAGUGGAUCUUUUCAUGUCCACACAAAGAAUCAAAGUCCUCAAUGCAGACACUCAGGAGUCUUUAAUGGAUCUGCCGCUAAGGACCAUCUCCUACAUCGCUGACAUUGGCAACAUGGUGGUCCUGAUGGCCCGAGGGAAGAUGAUUCGUUCUCGCAGCGCUCAGGAAAGCCUGAACAACACAGCUGAGCAAAGCUCCAUGUCCAAUGAUGACAGACGCGUCUACAGAAUGAUUUGCCACGUCUUUGAGUCUGAGGAUGCUCAGCUGAUUGCUCAGUCCAUCGGUCAGUCCUUCAGCGUGGCCUACCAGGAGUUUCUCAGGGCCAACGGCAUCGACCCAGAGGAUCUGAGUCAGAGGGAGUACAGCGACCUGCUCAACACUCAGGACAUGUACAACGACGACCUCAUCCACUUCUCCAAAUCAGAGAACUGUAGAGAUGUUUACAUUGAGAAGCAGAAAGGAGAGCUUGUGGGCGUGGUCAUCGUGGAGUCGGGUUGGGGAUCCAUCCUCCCCACCGUCAUCAUCGCCAGCCUGAUGCACGGCGGUCCUGCCGAGAAGUCCGGCCGACUCAACAUCGGCGACCAAAUCAUGACGAUUAACGGGACCAGCUUGGUCGGUUUGCCGCUCAGCACCUGCCAAAGCAUCAUUAAAGGACUGAAAUGUCAGUGCAGGAUCAAGAUGAACAUAGUCCGCUGCCCACCUGUCACUAUGGUGCUGAUUCGCAGGCCGGACCUCAGAUACCAGCUGGGCUUCAGCGUCCAGAACGGCAUUAUCUGCAGCCUGAUGAGGGGAGGAAUCGCCGAGCGGGGUGGCGUACGUGUCGGUCACCGCAUCAUCGAGAUCAACAGUCAGAGUGUUGUGGCGACGCCUCACGAGAGGAUUGUUCAGAUCCUGUCCAACGCCAUGGGAGAGAUCCACAUGAAGACAAUGCCAGCAGCCAUGUAUCGCCUGCUGACAGCGCAGGAACAGCCGGUCUUCAUCUGACCUUCUUCUUCUUCCAAACUUUCACUCCUUCAGUAACUUUUCUUCUCUCCGCAUCCUGUUUGAUAUCACGCAAACGGCCUUAUUGUGUAUCGCGCACAACAACAUGGACUUUGUUUUCUGACCUUUGACCCGCAUGUUCCUUGUUGCACGGCACUCUGGACCAAAGAUCUAUCAAAGGUCUCAUUGUGCUUCAUUGAGGCAACAAAACCAAUCAAAUAUCACUUUAUAAAUUACAAAUAUCUGUCAUAUGUGAAUGUACACGGAAUAUGUUGGACCUAAAUGUUGUCACACAAUUACACUGAAUAAACUGAAG